AUGAGUAUAUUCGGUUCGAACCCUAGUACGACAGAGGUGAAGGACACGGAACUCGUUGAUCCUCCCAGUGAUUCCAUAUCAUGUAUGAGUUUCAGUCCGACAGCGGAUUACCUUGCUGUCGGAAGUUGGAAUCAUGAAGUCCGGCUGUACGAAAUUGGCCCUCAAGGCCAGAGUCAAGGCAAAGCAAUGUUCAAACACGAUGGACCAGUAUUGAGUGUUUGCUGGAACAAGGAAGGUAACAAGGUGUUCUCUGGGGGGAUGGACAAGACUGCUCGAAUGUUUGAUGUUCAAACCGGUCAAACAACGCAAGUUGCUGCCCAUGACGAUGCAAUCAAAUCCGUUAGGUGGGUUGAUGCUCAAGGUGGAAUUCUUGCCACUGGCAGCUGGGACAAGACUAUCAAGGUAUUUAACCUUUUUGUCCUUGUGUGGCGCGUGCUUACCCGGCUUGAGUACUGGGAUCUCCGGCAAUCAACACCAGUGGCCAAAGUUGACUUGCCUGAGCGAUGCUAUACUAUGGAUGUCGUAUACCCAUUGCUGGUUGUUGGUACAGCCGAUCGCCAAGUACUUGUAUAUGAUCUAACUAGCCCAACGACGGUGUUCCGCACCAUUACAUCGCCUCUGAAAUGGCAAACCCGGGUAGUAUCAUGUUUCCCCACCGGGAAGGGAUUUGGAAUGGGAAGCAUUGAAGGACGAGUUGCGAUGCAAUAUAUCGAUGAAAAAGAAGCGAGCAACAACUUCUCGUUUAGAUGUCACCGCAAAGAUCAAGGCCUCUCGAAAAAUAACACACAGAUAUUCUCCGUUAACGAUAUCUCGUUCCACCCUGUGCACGGGACUUUUAGCACAGCUGGGGCCGACGGCGUUGUGAGCUUCUGGGACGGUGACUCGAAAACAAGAUUAAAGUCCCUGGAUGCAGCCUCUGGACCCAUUUCCUGCACCGCAUUCAAUAGAACUGGCUCUCUCCUUGCUUAUGCCGUAUCUUACGAAUGGAGUCAAGGCCACAAAGGUAUGACACCCGACCUUCCGAAUAAAAUCAUGAUCCAUCAAACCAAAGACGACGAAGUCAAGCGCCGUCCAAGAAAAUAA